GGGGCUUUUUACGGCUACGGGAACAGUUGAGAGUUCAACUGCAAGUUUAGAAGAUGCCGCCCAAAGGAAAAAGUGGUUCUGGAAAAGCCGGGAAAGGGGGUGCAGCGUCUGGGAGUGACAGUGCUGACAAGAAGGCUCAGGGCCCCAAAGGUGGUGGCAAUGCAGUAAAGGUCAGACACAUUUUGUGUGAAAAACACAGCAAAAUCAUGGAAGCCAUGGAAAAGUUAAAGUCUGGAAUGAGAUUCAAUGAAGUGGCCAUACAAUAUAGUGAAGAUAAAGCCAGGCAAGGGGGCGACUUGGGUUGGAUGACCAGAGGGUCCAUGGUGGGACCAUUUCAAGAAGCAGCAUUUGCCUUGCCUGUAAGCAGCAUGGAUAAGCCUGUGUUUACAGACCCGCCAGUUAAAACCAAAUUUGGAUAUCAUAUUAUUAUGGUCGAAGGGAGAAAAUAAAAUCAUAUGGCUGAAUAAGUUUUACCCAUUUUGUUUAUUUCUUUCAAAGCUACCAAAUAGUCCUUGUAUUUUUUGAUCUGUCUGUCAGUGUGGGUUACUAGGUAUAAAAUAGCAUGGUUACACUCCAGUGGGAGUUGUCAGCAGUUCUCACAGACAAGCAAGCAGACACCUUUGAACUUGUGCUUCCAUUCCUGCCAGGCUGUAGCUCAGUGUGUCCCAUGAGUUAAUUCUGAAACUGUCUUCAGAAGAGCAAACCUCAGCUUACACUGUUCAUGCAACUGAACAAAUUGGGCAUCAAAUGAAUGAAUUAGCAUAUGAGAAUCAUAAAGUAAGUUCCUGGACACCAUUUUACAAGUUAGUCAACUCGAAUCUGCUCCACUGUCCUAACAGAGUACAUAGCACAUAGUAGCCAUUCAAUAUUAACUCCUUUCUCACUAAAUAAACUUUAUCUGUGGGUAGAAGAAAGCACUCACUUGGUUCUUCAUGGAUUGUUUGAACCAGACUAAGCAGCCAUCACCAAGUGCUGGGUAAAAGGGACAAAUGUCAGUGUGGAACUAUCAUUUCUUCAUUCUCAGUGUGUGGUUUAUAUUAGGACUCCUUUCCAGGACUAACA